UUUUUUUUUUGAACUUUCAGAGCAUACUAAAUAAAAGUACAAUGUAUAUGCAAUUUGUGAGCAUACCUGUUUACAUGUAGCUUAUACAUUUGUAUAUUGACAUUGAUAUCACCGAUAUAACACGUUUUGAAAUAGAUUUUAGGAGUAAUUAAACGGGCCAUCGGGAUAUAAGACGGCCAAACCCUGAAUCAUGGUUAAUUUUUAAGAUAUCGACUUUCGCUCUCGCAUGUAUUUUCGAUAUAAUUAGUAAUUCCUGUUUAUCAGAUAAUCGAUUGUUAUUCUUUAACCGAGUGCCCUUUAAAAAUGAAUUCCCGUCCCUCUCUUCUUCAUUGUUUUGACUUAAGGAAGAGCGAAACUACCUCGUUGAUAUUACUGACUUUGUGAAGGUUAAUUGUGAGGCAGUCGUUAUCAGAAACGGACGCAUGAAUAUUUGUAACCAGUUCGUUUAAGUAUCACUCACGUCGGACUUUUGUACCUGUUGGCAAUCACCUGUUCACCUCAGGGACCAGAUAGUUUGUUACAGGCUAGCUAUAUUGGGACCUAAUCACCAUGUUUUAAUGCACACAGUUUCCCUUUGGAAACCGUGUUUGCAGUGUAUCCUCCUUAACUGUAAUAGUUAACUUUGACGUACCGUUCAAGAAGAACAAUCUAUCGAACUGGGGUCAGCCAGAAAUAUGUCGUCAGAUGCUACUUCUAAGUACAACUUUGAGACACUCAAGGUUACCCAGCCAAAGGAGUUCGUUGCUCAUGUGGAAUUGAACAGACCAAAACGAUUGAAUGCAAUGAACAAGGCAUUCUGGAGUGAGAUGAAACACUGCUUCCAUCAAUUGAACAGUGACAGUGAUUGUCGAGUCAUUGUUUUGUCUGGAGCUGGUAGGGUAUUCACUGCAGGUCUUGACCUCACUGACACAGGUUCUGUUUCUGCCAAAGAAUCUGGCCUAGACACUUCCCGGAAAGCCUUUGCCAUCCGUAAAAAGCUUGCUGAUUAUCAGGAUACAUUUACUGCAAUAGAACAGUGCACCAAGCCUGUGAUAGCAGCUGUACACAACGCCUGUAUAGGAGGAGGAAUAGACAUGACAUCAGCCUGUGACAUUCGAUAUGCUACACAAGAUUCAUUUUUCCAAAUCAAGGAAGUUGACAUUGGAGUUGCAGCAGAUGUUGGAACUCUUCAGAGGUUUCCAAAAAUUGUAGGGAAUGACAGUUUAGUGCGAGAACUGACUUACACAGCACGGAGAUUCAACAGUGAUGAAGCAAAGGAAAUCGGUUUUGUCAGUCGUGUCUUCCCAGAUAAGAAUUCCAUGAUGGCAGGAGCCAUGGAAACUGCAGAGCUCAUUGCCUCCAAGAGUCCAGUUGCUGUGCAAGGCAGCAAGGUGUCACUAGUGUACUCCCGAGAUCACUCCGUCCGGGAAGGACUAGAACAUGUGGUUUUAUGGAACCAGGGGAUGCUACAGAGUGAGGAUGUCAUGAAGGCUAUAAUGGCGGGAAUGCAGAAGAAGACUGCAAAAUUCUCAAAGUUAUGAUGGAUCAUCCUACACAAUGAAAUUGUUUAAACAGCAAAGUUAAACAAGUGUACAAAUUCUAUCAUCAAUCAUAAUGGGUUAAGGAUAGUCCCUAUCAUUCAGAAUACCCGUGUAUGUGUAAUAUAUAUACACUUUGGUUGUUAUGUCUCAGUUUUAUAACUUUACAGCUCGAAAAAUGAAAUAAUUCCGUGACGUUUAUACCGGUAUGCAUGUUUUCAUGGAGAGAAUUUGAAUUAUAAAUGUAAUAGUGUAAUAUUAUGUAUAUAAUCAAUUUGAUAAUAUUAAAAUUAUUCAUAUU